AGGCGAGCAGGCAUGCCGGUCGAAGGUGCGCGCGACCGCACCGGAGAGACGAGGAAGAGAGGAGACGAGAGAGAGUAGUCGAGGACGGUGGGAUAGAGCGAGAGCGAAAGCGAGAAAGAGAGCGUUUGGAAGAGAGAAAGAAAGAGAGAGAGUGAGAGAGACGGAAAGGAAAGAGAUAGAAUGAGAGACAGAGGGACAGAGAGAGAGAGAGAGAGAGAGAGAGAACACGUUAGUGCGAGACAAAGAGGGGAGCGUAGCGAAGGGAUGAUGGAAGGGACUGGCGGAGGGGAAAGGGCAUAGCCCAGUGGAGCGCUCGGCUAGCGUUCGGUGGAGAGUUCGGUUCAGUUCGGCACGAGUUGCCGUGGUUGUCGGUCGUUAGUAGACGUCUCCUGCGUGAGUUCUCAUCGCUAUCUCUCCUGUCUCUCUCUCUCUCUCUCUUUCUUUCUCUUUCUCUUUCUCUCUCUCUCUCCCUGCCAUAUCCUACCACCACCACCUCUACCAAACCAUCACCUCCCACCCCCCUAUCCCCCAAUCCCCCCGUUCUCUGGCACCCGCCGAGCAAGUCCUCGAUGCCUUCGUCGUCGUUGUCGUCGUCGUCGUCGUCGCCGUCGUCGUCGUCGUCGUCGUCAUCGUCGUCGUCGUCGUCCCAAGUAUUAGUAGUGGUGGACCGCCGUUGCGCGUUACUUCCGAAAACGGCCGCGCGGUAGUACGCGGCGCUGUCGUACGGCUCUACUUUUCGUCACCGUCUACGCGCUCGUCGUACCGAGGAUUCGCCUGCCGUUUCUCGUUCCUCAAAUGGACGAGGAACCUCGAGCAUCGAUAUCGUGGCUGCCCGAAGGAAUUAUCAUGUUUCUUCUACGUUGCUAAAGUUUCCCCGUCGCAAACGGUCAACAAAAGACCCUAAGAAAAACAUGGCAGGGGUUGGGAAAAGAACUUACUUGCGGGACGUGAAUCCCUAUCUCAUCUGUCCUCUAUGCAGAGGAUAUUUGAUAGAUGCGACGACGGUCGUUGAGUGCUUGCAUUCUUUUUGCAGAAGCUGUAUCCUAAAACACCUUAAUACGGAGGCACGUUGUCCUUCUUGCAAUCAUGUAUUGAACAAGGCUAAACCAAACAUCAAAGCUGACAAAGCUUUACAAGAUAUCGUGUACAAACUAGUUCCUGGACUUUAUCAUAAGGAGAUGCGCAGAAGAAGAGAAUUUUACAGAAGACAUCCCGAGCAUGGUAAGUUUAGAUUUUUCUCGUAUCGAAGAAAAUUUGGCGAGAAAAUUUGUCGGCCUAGAUACGUUCAAUGUCAAUCGUCUUCCUUUCCAACAGCAGAUGUCGCGACUCCGGAGCAACGAGGGGAAGAUGUGAGCGGUCGAUUAAUCUUUGCGCCUGAAGACGCAGUCAGCUUGAGUCUCGAGUACCUUCCACCUGGUGCCGAUCCAUUGACGAUUUUGUUGAGUACAAACGAGUCUGACCAUUCGUCUAACAAUAAUAACAACAACAAUAACAACAAUAUUAAUAACAACAACACUGUCAACAACAGCAACAACAAUGGCAGUGCUAGCAACAGUAACAAUAACAACAGCAACAAUAAUAAUGGCAACAACAAUAGCAAUAAUAAUAAUAGUAGUAAUAGUAAUAAUACUAGUAGCAACACCACGAGCAAUAGACGGUAUCUUCAAUGUCCCGCCCUAGUUACGAUAGCGCAUCUUAAAAAGUUCUUAGCUUUGAAAUACAGCGUCGAUAUGACAAGAUAUACUAUCGAAAUAUGUCAUCGAAGAGCACCGCUACCAGAACAUUGGACUCUUAUGGACGUAGCCUACAUAUACGCUUGGAAAAGGAACGCCCCUAUGAGAUUCUUUUAUCGUGUUGCACAAGAAGAACAAGCCUUGGAAGCACCGUUACAUGAAAGACCAUCCACGCCUGGAUUAGGUGCUAGUUUACCACCUAGUGACAAUUCGGUCAAUGUGCGUGAUGAUGACGCGGAACAAAUACCAGAAGUCGAACGUAAGGCGAAAGAAGAUGACAAGGAAGAUGUCGUAGAGAAAAAUGAAGUUGAACCAGCGAAGGAAAAGUUACAGAACCCAGUAAUCCCUUCCGAUCGUUUAAAAGAAUCGAAAGCGAUCGAGAAGGAUGAUAAGAAAAUGGAUGUGCCGUCUUCGACGGUCGCUAGAACAUUACCAACGACUUCACCUACUACCACAACGGUGACAUCGACGAUAAGUAAUACUGUGUGUUCGACAGCGAUCACACUUUCUCCGACUACAUCCACCACUACUGCAACAUCUGUCACUACGGCAACUGCUACGUCUGUAUCUCCAGCUGUUGCUAUAACUACGGUUGCAUCUACAACUUUAGCCACGACUACUACGGCUACUACUAUAACCAUGACUACGGCUACGGCUACGGCUACGGCUACAACUACGACUACGGAUACGGCUAUGACUACAGCUACGGAUACGGCUAUGACUACAGAUACGGCUACAACGUCGACUACGGCUACGGCUACAACGUCGACUACGGCUACGGCUAUAGCUACGGUUACGACUACGGCUAAGGCUAAGACUACGACUACGACUACGACUACGACUACGGCUACGGCUACGGCUACGGCUACGGCUACGUCUACGUCUACGUCUACGUCUACAACUACGACUACAGCUACAGCUACAGCCACAACCAUGGUUACAGCUACGACUACAACUGCGACUACAACAAUUCUAACUUCGACAACAAUGAAUACAAUGUCGACAAGCACGACCACUGCGUCUAACACGAUAAUAACAUCUACGGUUAACGAGGAGAGCAAUAAGCAAAUCAAAACGCCGAUAAAAAUAUUGAAAAAUUCUGAUGGAAAUUACGAAGUGUUGAGAAGUCCACCCCCUAAUUGGCAUUCCAAAGAACAAAAUUCAAAUUCUUGUGACGUCAAAACCACGAGCCCUGAAUUUAGUGUUGUAAGUAUCGGGGAUGGACAAAAUUCCAACGGAGUGAAAAUAACUCUAAAACAAUGUUCAGCUCCUAAUACAAAUCCAAAUCCAAAGAAACCAAAAGUAAUUAGUAAUGUUUUGUUACACUGUGGACAGGUUGAGAGGGAACCAUCUGGCGGAUUGCUAUUCCAGCAUCUUCAAAAAGAUAAGGAGAAAUUUCAAACGGUGGAUAAACAGGAGAAACAGAAACGCAGAGUCACUUUUAUGGACAAACCAACUACGGUAAAAACUAUGUUUAAUGUAUCGAAAACUAUAAUAAAAAAGACGACCGAGCAAAACGAUCGGAAGAAACAGUUUCUUCAAGGAUUUCAGUUGGCCGCGAAAGAACCAACAAUAGAGAAUUUACUGAUCGAUAAAAGCCCAAAGAUGACGAGCGGAAACGCAAAUAUAACUAGUGAAAAUACAGCACAAACGAAUGCGAUCGUUAAUAAGAAAGAACACAAUAACGUUAAAACGAAUGGUUUAGAAAUCGAAGGAAUGAAUGAAAAAACCAAUACGGAAAAUGGUAACGCCGGAUUUGGAAAUUUAUUAAACGAUAAGAAAUCUAAUAAUAACGUAGUAACGAAUAUCUCUCAAAAUAUAAUAAAAUCUAAUAUUAAUAAAUCGUUUAUCGAGGCCGAGACACGAGUUAUCGGUAUAAAUACAACUAGAAAUAUUAACAGUAAUGCUAAUGUCAACGUCAACAGUCCUACGAAGAUGGACGUUUAUGCUUUCCCAAAUGAUCCUGUAGUCCCUGUAGGUGCUGUUAAAAGAAAGUGUCCACCUGGUUUACCUAUUUCCGAAGUGAAACGUAAACGGCAGCAAACGUCUCAGGUGCAAUCCGCGACGAAAAAGGCAACUGUGUCGACUCAAAGCAUCCCCAAGACAUCUCGAAAAUGUGGAAACGAACAACAAAUCAUGUCACCGAAGAAACCUAUGAAUGUGGUGAAUGAUUCCGGUCCCAGUCGUACGCUUAACGUCGCAACACCCAAGACAUCACCGUCGAAUCCAUUAUUUUCAAAUGACACGAGGAAUCUGUUGGAUGGUUGCGGUUUGAAUAUACCUGCGAGUUUGAGUAUAACCUUGACAGCACCGAAGUCACCGGGAAAUAGCGGAUGUUCAAACGAUAUCAACGAUAGCAAGGAUAAUCGAAAGAACGUUUUAGGAAAGGUGAGUCCAAGUAUUACACUUAACGAUAGAUGCGUCGAUCCACGUGUAUUGAAAGCUCUGAAGACUGGACAAAUCAGGAUGCCUGCUCCUCCUAAACCUAGACAAACGAAACAAGGAGAUCGCGAGAGCAGCCAUCAGCGUCAGACUCCUCCUGGUAAAAGGAAACGAGAACAAGAAUCCAGAGAUAUCUUGGAUCUGAGUGGUGGUAAAAAGAUGGAUAUACAUCCUUUGAGAAUACCUCAACCGGUGACGAAAUUGAAAGCGAAAUCGCCGAUAAGAGAAAAUAUACCAGGUAUCAUCGAUCAAGGACAAGUAGUUACACUGAUGAGCGGUCACCGAUACUAUAGAGCUCCGCCAGGUUCUUUAACGCCGGCGGCUCAUCGUGUCAGCGAUUGUCCUCUUCCUACACCCGGACGUACUCCAGUUUAUGCACCAACAGGACUAUCCGGCUCGAUGAAUGGAAACCGUACUAAUACCAGUCUAUCGUCCGUGUUUCCAAGUUUGCAGAGCCUUUACGCUUUGAGUCAAGCGCCGAACCUUCAACAAUUUCAAAUGGACGCAAUGAUGAGAUUACCGCGAGGUGGAGGAAGUAGUGGUGGUGUUAAUGGUGGAGGUGUAGGCAUAAGCGGAAGCGGAGAUAACAUAAUUCCGAAUAGCUGUAUAUCUAAUAACAUAGCAAGUUCCGAAAGUGUUAGUGUUGGUGGUAACGUACCUGGUAAGAGUCAUUUAGCUGCACAAUGUGCUCCUGUGAAACCAGCUAGAUCCUCGGUUGCACCUUUAGCAGUUCCUAUCACGAAGCAUCAACCGAGCGAACGGACUGUAUCCAAUUGCUUGAACAGACAAAUCGCAAAUGAUACGAACAAAAAUGUGACUUUCCGUAAUAACGAUAAUUCUCCGACUUCGGGCGAUGUCGCUGAGAGACUUUCCGCUCAACCAAAAUACUCACCAGCUCUUGAAACCAACGACAAGUUCACUGUACGGAAGGAAAAUGGAAAAACUGGAAGUAACGAUGAUAAAACAAUGUCUUCUAAUGUAGCGCGUGAUCUCAGAUUAGAAUUGAUUACGGAUAAUUCGAACGAACGCAACAAUUCUGUGAAUCAACAACAGCCACAACAGCAACAGCAACAACAACAGCAGCAACAACAACAGCAACAACAACAACAACAACAACAACAACAGCAGCAGCAGCAGCAGCAGCAACAACAACAACAACAACAACAACAACAAAAACAACAACAAUACAAUCGCGAAGCUGCAAGUCCAAGAGUUUCCUCGACCGCAUCACCAUCUCCACCUCCUAGCGAAAGUAACAGCAACGCUUGCGUAGAUGAAAAUAAAGUAACGAGACAACAGGAGGACGGUAAUGAUACGAUCAAUCGUUCAGAUGAAAAUCGAAACGACGUGCCGGCGCAAUCGAACGCCCUAAUAAAAAACAACCCUAAUACCGAAGUCUCAAGUACGAAGUCUCCUGCCAGUCCAGACUCAAGUUCCGUUGCUGCGGAUAGUUCUCUCGUUAAAGUUUGUCCAAACGUGGAUCAACAAACUUCCUCGUCUACGCAAGAGCCCGAACGUAAUGUCAAAUCUACCGAUUCACCGACUAAAAUAGACGUUUCUACGCGCGAAGAUUCUCCCGUUGACGGGGAAAAAAAUAAAACUAAUGCGACGAAAUUAUUGGACGGCAAACAAAUGACCUCGGAAAUGUUACAAAAACGAUUAUUGGCAGCGUUUCCCACGAACGAAUGGGCAAACAAUCCGAUAGCGGCCGAACAUUUGGGUAAUUUUUUAAAGAGUUUGAAUGCCUCGAUGAAAACUGAGAACAACGCGAUUUCGGAAAAAACGAUCGAAAAUAAAACUGUCGAAAGUGAUAGCGAUUGUGUUAAGCCGAUAUUUACGAAUAGUGAGGUGUCGUCCAAUCAAAAAAAGGAAAUCGGCGAACGAUCGUAAUCAGUUAUUAACUUGUUUGUUAAUAAACGGAUUGAAAAACUCUAACGAAAUCGUCGUUAUUAAAAGAGGGUCCAUCUUUGCUUAUGAUUCUCGAAAGACUACGAGCAGACACUGCCAUUUAAUUAUCUAAAACGUACAUGACUUUAUUACCUGCUUUCUCGUGUAAGCCCAAUACGCGACAUCUAUCAUUAUAUAGAUAGUUAUAAUAUAAACACAGAGUAUUUUGAAAACUACGUAUAAACGUCUUGUCGAGAAUGAACUCGAAGGAACUUUAUUUUUUUAUAUGUGAAAAACGUGUCACGCAUGUACGUAUACUUUAGCAAUUUACACGUACGAAAACUAUUUUCUCUCUGUGUGUGUACUUCGGACAUUGAUUAUUUAGAAAUUGUAAAUGCUUUAUAUAGGGGGGG